CCUUUUUACAGCUAGACCUGUGUGCUGCGAGGAGCUAAGGCCUUCAGUGUCCCCUUCCUUACCCAGGUUACUCACAAAAUGGAUUCCCAGCGGGAACUCACAGAGGAACUGCGGCUUUACCAAUCCACCCUUCUUCAGGAUGGUCUAAAAGAUCUCCUAGAUGAAAAAAAAUUCAUCGAUUGCACCCUAAAAGCAGGUGACAAAAGUCUUCCUUGCCACAGAUUGAUUUUGUCAGCUUGUAGUCCUUACUUCCGUGAGUAUUUUUUAUCUGAAAUUGAUGAGGGGAAAAAAAAGGAGGUAGUAUUAGAUAAUGUGGAUCCUGCUGUACUGGAUUUAAUCAUCAAGUACCUGUACUCUGCCAGUAUUGAUCUCAACGAUGGAAACGUGCAAGAUAUUUUUGCCUUGGCCAGCCGCUUUCAGAUCCCCUCGGUGUUCACUGUCUGUGUUUCCUAUCUUCAGAAAAGACUUGCUCCUGGUAACUGUCUAGCCAUCUUAAGAUUAGGACUUCUUCUUGACUGCCCGAGACUUGCUAUCUCUGCCCGUGAAUUUGUGUCUGAUCGUUUUGUACAGAUUUGUAAGGAAGAGGACUUUAUGCAACUAUCUCCGCAGGAACUGAUCUCAGUCAUUUCAAAUGACAGUCUAAAUGUGGAGAAGGAAGAAGCGGUAUUUGAGGCGGUGAUGAAAUGGGUGCGAACAGACAAGGAAAACAGGGUCAAAAACCUUAGCGAAGUGUUUGAUUGUAUUCGUUUUCGCCUUAUGACAGAAAAAUAUUUUAAAGAUCACGUUGAGAAAGAUGAUAUAAUUAAAAGCAACCCAGAACUCCAGAAAAAAAUCAAAGUUCUCAAAGAUGCAUUUGCAGGCAAACUCCCAGAACCUAGCAAAAAUGCAGAGAAGUCUGGGGCUGGGGAGGUGAACGGUGAUGUUGGUGAUGAAGAUUUACUCCCUGGUUACCUGAAUGACAUUCCCAGGCAUGGAAUGUUUGUCAAAGACCUCAUCCUCUUGGUGAAUGACACAGCUGCCGUGGCUUAUGAUCCCACAGAAAAUGAGUGCUACCUCACUGCACUGGCUGAGCAGAUUCCCCGAAAUCAUUCUAGCAUUGUUACCCAACAAAAUCAGGUGUAUGUGGUAGGAGGACUAUAUGUGGAUGAAGAAAAUAAAGAUCAACCUCUACAGUCCUACUUCUUCCAGCUUGAUAACAUAGCAUCCGAGUGGGUUGGACUUCCACCUCUGCCAUCAGCCAGGUGUCUCUUCGGUCUGGGAGAGGUAGAUGACAAAAUCUAUGUAGUUGCAGGCAAAGACCUUCAAACAGAGGCUUCGUUGGAUUCAGUAUUAUGCUAUGAUCCCGUGACUGCAAAAUGGAAUGAAGUUAAAAAACUGCCUAUCAAAGUCUAUGGCCAUAGUGUGAUUUCACAUAAGGGGAUGAUAUAUUGUCUAGGAGGAAAGACAGAUGACAAAAAGUGUACAAACAGAGUGUUUAUCUACAACCCAAAAAAAGGAGACUGGAAAGAUGUGGCUCCAAUGAAAACCCCUCGUUCCAUGUUUGGGGUGGCCAUACAUAAGGGCAAGAUUGUGAUUGCAGGAGGCGUCACCGAAGAUGGCCUUUCAGCUUCAGUAGAAGCUUUUGACCUCAUAACCAAUAAAUGGGAAGUAAUGACUGAAUUUCCCCAAGAAAGAAGCUCCAUCAGUUUGGUCAGCCUGGCUGGAUCCCUGUAUGCCAUCGGGGGCUUUGCCAUGAUUCAACUGGAGUCUAAAGAGUUUGCACCCACUGAAGUCAAUGACAUAUGGAAGUAUGAAGAUGAUAAAAAAGAAUGGGCUGGGAUGUUGAAGGAAAUACGUUAUGCUUCAGGAGCUAGUUGCCUAGCAACACGUUUAAACCUCUUCAAACUGUCUAAACUAUAAACCGGGAGGUGAAAAAACACAAUAGAAUGGAAUGUGGUUUGUUUGGAUAAUAGGGCUUUAAUUUAUUAUGUUUUCAAAAGCCUAUACAGAGAUUGAUGUAGAAAUUAUUCACUAAUUACUGUCCAUGAGGUUAGCAGUGGGUGUCAAAACCUCAGUCAUUGAAUCUUCAAUGUAACGAUCAUUGUUUUAAACCAUUUUCUAGUAGGAAAUUAAGUAUUAAGUUGAACAGAUUAUACCUUUUGUUAAUCUGUCUCACUCGAUUGUAAAGAAAUUUUCUAAAUUUGAGUUGUUUACUAAUUCUUUCAUUUGCAUUGUUAUGGUAACUUUACACUCAUUUUCUAUUAUAAAUGAAAUUGGAGAAUGAAACAUGUACAUCUACAUUUUUUAAUGUUUAAAAUGUCAAAAACUUUCCCUCGUGCUUCAAGAUAUGACAAGAUUCUAUGCAUUAUAUUAAAGAUUACAUACCAUGAGAAAACUUUGGAAAUGCUAUUUAAAAAGUAUAAUAAAUGGGUUUCAUUUGAAGGGGAAAAAACCUCUAAGUAGUCAACUUUAAGUGGUCUUUCUUUUUUUCUCCAUUCCUUUUGUGACACUAGUAUAUUGUUUAUGAUUUAAAUCAAAUUUAAUU